CAAUUUUCUUCCUUUCAUGUCAGCCAAUUCGUUGAGGAAAUUACUCAGCAAGUUUGAGUUACUCUUCACCGUACCAUUUGACUUGCCUACUUCUGCCAUUGCUGACCAGCCAUUCCUCCAUUUCAGCUACCUUUUAAGCUCAUGUCAUUCCCUCCCAGCCCUCAAACAGUUACACACUCUGGUCUUGACAACUGGUUACCACAAAAACCUCCUAAUAUGCACCAAGAUUGUAUCUUUAGCUUGUUCUUUAUCGCCCACAAUGAACUAUGCACGAAAACUGUUCGACCAAAUGCCUCAAAGAGAUGUCUUUGCUUGGAACACCUUGAUUCGGGGAUAUUCCAAUCUGGGUCCUUGUCAAGAAUCCAUUUUUCUUUAUAAAGAGAUGCAUUUACAGGGAAUUUUACCUGAUAACUAUACAUUCCCUUUUGUACUUCGUUCUUGCUCUGUGUUGUCAGCUUUGAGGGAAGGCAGGGAAAUACAUUGUAACAUAAUUAAACAUGGGUUUGAAUCUGAUGUGUUUGUGCAGAGUUCUUUGAUUACUCUGUAUGCGCAGAGCGGGGAGACUUUGGAUUCGGAGUUGGUGUUUGAUCAAAUGAGAGUGAGGAAUAUAGUUUCUUGGACUGCGAUGAUUGCAGGGUAUGUGCAAAAUGGAAUUCCUGAGAAGGGAUUAGGAGUUUUUCUCAAAAUGGUUGAUUCGGGUACUCUACCUAAUGCUAUUACUUUGGUGAGUGUGCUUCCUGCUUGUGCGCGGUUGGAUUGUUUGGAUUUGGGAAUGUUGAUUCAUGGAUAUAGUAUUAAGCUAGGGGUGGAAACAGAUGUUUCACUAGUUAAUGCUUUGGUUGCAUUCUAUGGAAAGUGUGGACUAGUUGAUGUCGCUUGGUCUUUGUUUGAUCAAAUGAAGGAGCAUAGUGUGGUUUCAUGGAAUGCAAUAAUUGCUGCUUAUGAGCAAAAUGAUGUUGGUUCCUCCCCAAUAAAGCUAUUUCAUAGAAUGCUUGAUCAAGGGGUAGAGUUCGAUUAUAUUACAGUAGUUACUGUUAUUUCAGCUUGUGCCAGGUUGGGGGCACUUGGUACUGGAAAAUGGAUUCAUGAGCUUGUCAAAAGCAAAGGUUUGGAAUGCAAUGUUCCAAUCACAAAUGCACUUAUCGAUAUGUAUGCAAAAUGUGGGAGUAUAGAAUCAGCUAGAGAUGUUUUUGACAGGUUGCCUAGUAGAAGUGUGGUUUCCUGGUCAUCAAUUAUAGGGGCUUGUGCCUCACAUGGUCAUGGGAGAGAUGCUCUUGAGUUGUUUUCAAGGAUGAAAGAAGAAGGAGUCCCACCUAAUAGCUUCACCUUCACUGCUGUAUUGACAGCUUGUCGACAUUCAGGUCUUGUCGAGGAAGGGAGGAAGCACUUUGAGAGCAUGAGAAUGGAAUACUCGAUAGUUCCAGGGGUGGAGCAAUGUGCUUGCAUGGUGGAUCUUCUAGGACGAUCAGGACAACUUCUUGAGGCUUAUGAAUUUAUACAGAACAUGCCUAUUGAGCCUGAUGCGGAUGUUUGGGGAGCUUUGCUUGGUGCUUGCAGAAUUCAUGGCAAUCUUGAGAUGGCAGAAUAUGUAGCAGAUCAACUAUUUGAUUUCAAUCCCCAGGCAGUUCCUUUCUACAUACUCAUGAAAAAUAUCUAUGCUGAAGCCGGAAGGUGGGACGAUGUAGCUAGGUUGAAAUUUUUGUUGGAAGAAUUGGAAGUGGAAAAGAUUCCUGGCAAAAGUUCAGUUGAGAUAAAUCAACGGAUUCACACGUUUUUGUCUGGGUCAAGGAUUUCAAACUUCUCAAGAGUUCUACCCCGUGAAUAUGUUCAACUGAAGUAUUAGCAAGCAG